AUGCCCAUCGGAAGAGCUUCAAAACAGGAAAGUAAAGGACUCGCGGCUGACGUGGGAAACGCUUGGUUUGAAAGUCCAGUAAUGUCGCGUGAACACGCCCUCCUGACGGCCGACUUCGAUAACAGGUCCAUUAUGCUCGAAGAUACUCGGUCCUUACACGGCACCUUUGGACGAAACGAUCAAGGCAGAGAAGUUGCACUAGAGCCUUUCGUGAAAUACCCCGUCCAGGCUGGGGAUAUCUAUAGCUUCGGGGCAGAUGUCUAUCGAGGCCGGCAGACAUUUCCACCUUGCGUUGUCCAGGCCAUUAUCCGUUGGCCAGAGAUCGUCAAAACGGCUGCAAAUAACCAGCGUACCACACCUUCAAACACGUUUUCUGUUCCCGAGUAUGACGAGGAUCUGUGGAGCGAUGUUGAUGACCUUGGAGAUGACGACGAAAAGGACAAGCAACCUGUGACGGUUAUUGAUCUUUGCAAAAAUUCUCCUCCACUUCAAUCACAACCCAACGAGCCUUCUUCGAGCCGAACCAUGCGCCAAUUGCACUCUGCUGUAAUUGAUCUAACCUCUGAGCCAGGCACGCCGAAUGGAUCAGACUGUUCGCAUCGACCAAGCUCUCAAGUGGCCUUUUCUUCUUCCUUGCCAACUGUCGUUACUGACGACUUAGACGACAAGAUGGAUCUCAACGAUCAGGACAUGACUUAUGAGUUUGGUCAUUUGCCCGAAGCUCCAUCGGAUUCUGAAGAAGGGGACUCUGAUGUUGAUGACCUUGGCGAAAGCUCCGACGAUGACAUGGGACCAGUCAUGGAGCCUAUGUCCGCAUUUGACGACCGGUCAGACAUGGAGUCCGCUAGCGAAGAUAGCGAAGACAGCGAAGACAGCGAGUGCAGCACUUCACAUGAGUGCGAUGAAGAUGAUUGUGAUGGAGAUGGCGGUUAUGAUGGGUAUCAUGAUGGCAAGUCUUUUGUUUGCUUCAUUCCUAGAAUUUCAUGCAUACUAAUUCGGCUUCGUGCAGAUAUCCGUUGGCCCUCUCGCCACGAUGAUUCUUUUGGUUCUAACAGCCAGGUCACUGGGGACUCGACCGACUGCAGCGUUUUCCAGGAGGACGAAGACUCUUCCCCUGACCAGACAUGCUCUUGUUUGGAUGGGAUGAAACACAUGACUUCACAUUCAUUAUUACGCUGUCUACCACCUUCAUCAUUCAUCCCCCCUGAAUAUACCCCACAGCCCCCAUGCCAGCUCAAUCAACAGCCUGGACAGCCAUCAUUGUCAACCGACACUGGUUCUACUUCUGCUCCGGAUUGCCAGACACUUGGCGAUCGAGCCGAGAGCCACGAUCUGUUUGCAGCUGGUGAGGAUAAUCGGGCGUCGGUGCCGAAUUGUACCUUUUCCACGGUAGUUGUAAGCACCGCUGGCUUUCAGGAGACAGAAAAGCCUACCGCUCAAUCAAGCAUGGCAAUGACCGAUUCACGUAAAGAGAUGGAAGCUGCACCAGAAUACCCCUCUGAGAAGAUCUCUGAGUCAGCCGCAACGACUAUGCCAGAUAUCCGUUUAGAGGCCACACAUGAUACCAGACAGCCUCCGUUAAUCAGUUCUGUGUGGACUUCUGCCGGUGAAGCGUUCUUGAAGGAUGCUCACGAGUAUUCUUUACCGAAUUCUCCCGAUCGGACUAGGCUACAGAGCCCUGAGCUCGAUAUGACAAGCGCUGCUAAAUUUGUGGAGAGUAAGAGCAAGAAAGUCACUGGAGACGAUGAUCAGGGUCGAAGUCGGUUAACAGUCAAGUUCUUGCUUGCUCAGGAGCCUGUGUCAUCAUCUGAACCUUUGAGCAACGAAACGGAUAAUGAGUCUCGUCCCAACAAACGCUCCUGGGACGUAUUUGACGAACCAGAAGAGGAUUUGUCGCAAGCAUCGUUCGUACCCGGCCUCAUACCCGCAUCGAGUCCACCCAACCAGCAGCCAGAAAAGGGUGCUAUUGACGAGACCAAGAAGAAUGCUCUGACGGUCGAGAGUGUUGCGAGAGGUUCUCCAGCCGUUGACAUUGAGACCACCAACAGUGACGCGAAGAUUUCAACAGCCAGAGACAGCAAUCCACCCCAGAUUGUCUUCACCGGUGCAAUCCAAGAACCCAUCGCCCGUCCAGCCAAGAGACAGCGCUUCAGCAAGCUUGCGAAGUAUGCUUCCGUAAGCGUGGCAAGCGGCUUCACAGGCGCAGCACUACUCUUUGCGGGCUUGGCAGCCACCGCACCACAGAUCAUCUAA